AUGAUAUCAAAUCGUCACAUGGCACGCUGUUUCGCCCUAGUAUCCAAAUUGCUCGCUUCCAGAAGGGUUCUCUCAGCUGCAGCUAGGGUGAACGACGCCAUGUGCGGACUUUCAACGGAAAUGAAAGAAUUUAGAGCAGCCCUUCAUGCGUUUACUGCAGCAGAAAUAGAUCCACUAUCGGCCUCUAUUGACAGCUUAGACUGCCUCAACGAUCCCAAGGCGUUGUGGAAAAAGAUGGGAGAUAUGGGUCUGUUGGGGCUAACCGCUCCAGCUCAGUGUAUAGCUACGGAAGAGAUAUCUCGAGCGUCGGGUUCCAUCGGACUAAGCUACGGGGCGCAUUCCAACUUAUGCGUCAACCAACUUGUCCGGCAUGCUUCCGAAAAACAGGCUGAACGGUAUCUCCCUGGCCUAAUCUCCGGUGACCUCAUCGGGGCGCUUGCAAUGAGUGAAGUGGAUUCCGGAUCUGACGUUGUCAGCAUGCGCACCAUUGCCGAGCCCAACGGUGACCAUUACAUUCUGAAUGGGUCCAAAUUUUGGAUAACCAACGGCCCCGAUGCAGAUGUACUCAUCGUAUAUGCAAAGACAGAUCCAAAGAAUCCCAACCCGCGGCACGGCAUAUCGGCAUUCAUCGUUGAAUCGUCUACUCCUGGAUUCAGCGUAGGAAAGAAGAUACGCAAGCUUGGAAUGCGUGGAUCACACACAAGUGAAAUCAUUUUCGACCAGUGCAAAAUUCCAGCCUCCAAUCUCCUGGGCGAACUUAACCGGGGAGUCUAUUUACUCAUGUCUGGUUUGGAUAUCGAACGUCUCGUUCUGUCCGCUGGUCCCAUCGGUCUAAUGCAGGCCGCAUGCGAUGUGGCUUUCGCCUACGCCCAGGAACGUCAAGCUUUCGGUACACCUAUUGCAGAGCACGGUAUGAUUCAGGCCAAAAUGGCUGACAUGUACACGCAGCUACAGGUCAGUCGAGUGUACACCUACUCAUUAGCGCAAACGGUCGACCAAGUGGGCCCAUCUGCUUUUGGGCAAAAAGGUGGCCUCAUGAACAUCGAUUGUGCCGCAGUUAUACUCCACAACGCCGAGGCUGCCACUAAAGUUGCUCUAGAUGCUAUACAGAUUUUAGGUGGUAACGGGUACACCGAGGAUUUCCCCCUCAGUCGGAUCUUGCGGGACGCGAAAUUGUACGAGAUCGGAGCAGGCACUAGUGAAAUUCGUCGGCUCGUGAUUGCUCGAGGUAUCAACUCGCAUUACCGUUGCUGA